UCUAGUGUUGGGUGUCGCCAGGUGCAGACGCUCAGAACAAGAGCACCGCGUGCAGUCAACACUUCGUCUCGGUUCAAACUUCACUGAGUCUCAAAGCUCGAUUUAAUUUUCUGUUAAUCAACUGGAAAUCCGUACCUGCGAUCUUCCAAAACCCAUCAAUCCACAACUUGCCAUCCUCCAAACUCUUUACGCAAAAAAUCCGUAACUCUGGUUAAAAUACCCGAUUCAAAAAAGAAAAAACUUUUCAAACCUUGAUUCUUCGCAUACAUUUCUUACUGUCUCUAAAAAGGACAAAUAAAAUUUCUUCCAAGUGUUUUUGCAUAAACUGCACUGGAUGAAUUCAUAUUACUUAUGAUUGAAUGCCAGUUGGCUGAAAUCACUAAUUAAUCAAUAAAUUGAGUGAGUGACUUAACUCGGCAGAAAACCACCAUCCAUCGCACGGAUCCGUUUCUUAUUGAAGAUCCCGAGGCUUAGAAACAACAACUCUCACGUGACCAGAGAUCCAAGAGCGACAAGAUGAAUCUCCGUAGAAGAUCCUCAAGCCUGUCAGCCGUGACAGCUUUACUGAUGCUGACUCUAAUGCCAGGAAGCAGUACAGCACAAACUGACAUUCCGGUAUCUGACGCGGCGACUGUUGCUGACACCGCCAGCGUCGAGGCUGACCUCCAGGCUUGCCCAAAAGAUAAAAUCUCCUUCGAGAUGGUGACGGGCUUCGUGUACUCCUCACCAUCGGACAUGCUCGACUCGCUGCCAGGGACCCUGAAGAUCACUGACUGUCUUGAGAUGUGCCGUAACAACGCCUCCUGCAUGGCCGUCAACUACGAGACCGGCCUUUGUGUGCUUUUCGCAUCCAGCGCCGACGUCUACCCAGGCGCCUUGACGGUGUCGGACUUCCCCGUCUUCACGCUGUACGUCCAAAAGAACUGUCUCGCCACUUCCCCCGUCUGCAGUCGAGCCUGGGGCUUUGAGCGCGUCAUGGGCUUCGAACUCGACGGAUUCUCGAAAAAAGUCGAGAAAGUCAACUCGAGGCUCGAGUGCCAGGCCCUGUGCAUGAACGAAAAAGACUUCCCUUGCCGGUCUGCGAACUUCAACAAUGAGACAAUGGACUGCAGCAUCUCCGACAUGGACCGCCACACGGUGGUAGGAUCUGGGUCCUUCAAGCGAUCGGAAAAUACUGACUUCCUCGAGAACAACUGCGUCGAUGACCCCGUACGGCUCUGCGAGUUCCAGAAAAUGGAAGGCCGUAUCCUGAAGACCGUCGACUCUGUCUUUCAAGAAGUCGAGAGCCUGGACGAAUGCAAGCAGCUCUGCCUCGAGGCUCCAUACAGGUGCCACUCGUUUGAUUACAAUGACACCGGAGACAAAGUUUGCCGACUGUCCCAUCAUGCUGCUGCAACUCUCACUCACAUCAAUGAUCCGUACCUUGAGCUCGUCGACUCCUCAACUUACGAACUCUCGUCAUGCUACAACGUCACCAUCGACUGUCGUUCUGGCGACAUGGUAGCUAGAAUCAAAACUUCAAAGAUCUUUAAUGGCAAGAUUUACUCUAAAGGGUCUCCCACCACCUGUGUCAACGACAUUAAAAACUCGCUUGAAUUCGAGAUCGAGAUGCCGUACAACGAUGUGGAGUGCAACGUCAAACGAGAUUCAGCAUCUCGCUACAGCAGUGACAUUGUUAUCCAGCAUCAUGACACCAUCGUAACUUCUGCAGACUUGGGUCUUUCUGUGCAUUGCCAAUACGACCUUAGUAACAAAUCUGUAAGUAACAGAGUGGAUUUGCAAGUUACUGGAGAAGUUGAGCCCGCCCUUGAAGAGGAGAGUAUCGUUGAGUCACCUAAUGUCGUCAUGCGCAUAACCGAUCGUGAUGGAGAAGACGUCGGAUCUGCUGCCGUUGGUGAUAUGCUCGAGCUCAGAUUCGAAAUUGUUGACAAGAACUCACCUUACGAAAUUCUGGUCCGUAACCUGAUCGCUCUCGAAGGAGGAGAAGGAAACCAAAUUGAGCUGCUCGACGAUCGCGGUUGCCCCGUCGAAUUGUCCAUCCUUAGACCACUGCUCAAGGUUGACGAGACAGGAAAGAUUUUGGGAGCUUCUUUUGAUGCAUUUAAGUUCCCUACAAGCGAGACUGUGCAAUUCAGAGCCCUUGUCACCCCUUGCAUCCCCUUCUGCGAGCCAGUCGUGUGUGAUGUAGUCGACUUCAGCGGACAGGUCAAGAAAACCGAAAGCUACGGCAGAAAGAAGCGUUCCAUCAGCUCGCCCAAUGGUCGCCACUUCGGGACACAAGUGAUUCAGUGGUUGACGGGCAACCACUUGGACGUUGAAGGGUUCGGGGUCCCCCACACGCAGGAACUUUCAACGCGUGCCAAGAGGGCGACGGAGUCCGAUGUUCCCGAAGAGCAUCUCGUGGUUCAGUCCAUCACCAUCACCGACAAGUUUGGCUUCCAGGGUAAAAACCCCAAGAAAGCUCCUGGUGCAAAGAAGUCCUCUCCGAAGUCUAAAUCUAAGACUGUUGAAGAAGAGGAAGAAGACGUAGUGCUGUCGGAAGCAUUGAGCGGAUCUUGCAUCAACACUAUCGGCCUGAUCCUCGGCUGCUCGGUGUUCCUGAUCGCGCAGCUGGUGCUCAUCGUGGCCUGGACCGCCGUGUGGCAUCGUCGCCGACGCAACAAGCUCGAGGAACCUCUUGGCCCCUGCGCCACCACCACCACUGAGUCCCUGCGGCAGCUUUAUGACUCCGGCUACCCACGAAGGGUUUAGUAUAGAUACAAUAUCCAUACCCAUUCUACUCAUCGCAAUACUUCAUCAUCAAUGUAGACAUCUCUUGAAUAAUCAGAUUUACUCCGUUGCAUUGUUACUAUCUUUUUGUAUGGGUUCUUGUUAAUUGAGAACUAAUUCAUUAGAUCAUCAAGCUCGUGAGUGCAAUAGUUUGAACUGACUUAGAAUUGCGUAUUUGGACAUCAUCGAGUGUCCCGAUGGUUGUAUUUUACAUUUAGUUCCUGAUCAAAUCUCAUCCCAUAUGGGUACUUCCAUUCGGCUGCCUUAAAUUUGAAAUUGAGUCCGCCAUUUAUAAUACACUCCAACCAAAAUCACAUCACUUACAGUUAGUGGUUUGAGAGCUCUAUCAACUCAAAAAAUUUUAACUCGUAAAGAAAAGGCUAAUAUUCCUUCUAAAAUUUUUCAUUGGGUUGUCGUCAACUAACAACCUUCAGCAAGAAAAUGUUGAUUAAAUGAUAGUCUCUAGUAGUGGCCAAAAAUAUAUACAUUACUUGAUAUAGGCGUUGAGCAAUUUGUGGAUAAAAAUUCUGUAACUCCAUCAGAACGUUUGCUCCAUCAACAUUUCCCUUUGUGGAUAAAAAUUCUGUAACUCCAUCAGAACGUUUGCCCCAUCAACAUUUCCCUCAUGUUCAUCGUUCACCUAUACUUCAUUUACUAGAGUUUCUCGUUGGUUCAUCCCCUGGAUUUCGCGGUUUCAAAUCCAUUCUCUUCAAUCUUACGCAUUCGUAUUCCCAUGCUAGUUUAUUGUAAUGCAGUUGGUCAUGCUGCAAAUUUUAUACUGGGCUUUAAACAAUGUUUCUCGAAUUACAUUUGGUUUAUGUCUUGAAAAUGUACGAGUUGUGCCUAUAAAAUUGCGAGCCCUGCAGAUGAGUUAGUUUAUCGUUAUUUCAGUUAUCGUUUGACAGCGUGAAAGGUACUAAGUUCCCUUGAGGGCAUGAAUUUUGAAUCUCAACCUCCAUUCUCAAGUUAUUAAAUGCAUUACUAAUUUUAAUAUAAGGUUAUUUCUCGGAGAGAUGCAUUCAAAAAUGCCUCGUAUUUACUGUGGGUAUUUUUUAAGGCCUUCUCUGAGUUGUUACAUACUUGGGUAUCCUGAAUCACUUGGCAUUUACGGCAUUAAAUGCUAGCGAGGGGCAUAGCCCUUAUUUAUUUGACUAUUUAUUUAUCUAUUUAUUAAAAUAUUUAUUGAACUCCUCAGGUUUUUACCGGGAGGAAUGAGAUAGCCAGUGUUUGUAUUAAUUUCUUUUGUUGCCGUUUCUCGGUUCGCAUAGAACAUCGAACUCCAAAUUAAUCUUCACUUUUAACAGAUACCAACAGCUGAAGCAAACAAAGUAAUUUGAUUUAAUGAAUGAUCCACAUCUCAGGCAUGGAAAUCACCAUACGAUUAUCCAAUUUACUAGUUAAUCAACAU